AUGGGGUGCGGAGUUAGCGUCAUUGAGCCAGACGAUGAAAAGGACUUGUUUCUACAGGGCAGGAAAGCCAGUGAAGCGAUUGAGCGGUCGUUACAGAUACAGAAACAAAGAGAUAACAAGGAGAUCAAGCUACUAUUGCUUGGAGCUGGAGAAUCGGGGAAAUCUACUGUUCUAAAACAGUUGAGACUGCUUCAUCAAGGUGGGUUCACUAACCAGGAAAGAACUCAAUAUACUCAAGUGAUUUGGGCAGAUGCAAUCCAAUCGAUGAAGAUUCUGAUAGUUCAAGCAAGACGUUUGGGCAUACCGUUAGAUUGUGACGACCCACAAGCUAAUAGAUUUCUUUUUGGACAAAAACGGUUAGUUUUGAAAGCCAAGCCAUUAGAUUUGAUCGAUGCUAGUCUGGCAGGUGGGUCUGGUUUCUUGAACGACUACGUCUUGAAAUACUCAGAGACUAGUGAGCAAAAAAGACGGGGUCAAAGUACAGGUCAGGCACAAGGUUUGGAAAAUAGUAGCGAAGAAGGUUUCUAUCAGGGGGGUGUCGGAGGUGAAGAAGGUGUAGCUCUCCAAGAUUUGAGUCUCAAUUUACAAGAGCUAUCACAGGGCCUCAACGAAGGCGAAACGACCAACCACCCGGGUGUAAGGCCAGCCAGCAGCGCUGCACAGGUCGCAAACGCUAUCCAGACUUUGUGGAGACAGGAUCGAGGAAUUCGUCAGUGCUUUGCAAGAUCCAACGAGUUCCAGCUCGAAAGCUCUGCAGAGUACUAUUUCGAGCACAUUCACCAAUUUGCUACCCCAGGCUACGUUUGCUCAGACGAGGACAUCUUGAAAGGCCGAAUCAAGACCACUGGAAUCACAGAAACCAGUUUCAGUAUCGGUGGGUCGAGCUUUAAAGUACUGGAUGCAGGAGGCCAGCGUUCUGAACGUCGUAAAUGGAUCCAUUGUUUUCAAGGUAUCACCGCUGUGCUGUUUGUGCUGGCAGUAAGUGAAUACGACCAGAUGCUGUUUGAAGACGAGCGUGUGAAUCGCAUGCACGAGUCCAUCAUGUUGUUCGAUACAUUACUAAAUUCACGAUGGUUUGCAGAUACGCCCUUCAUUUUAUUUCUUAACAAGACAGACCUGUUCCAACAGAAGUUGACGAGGUCGCCUAUUCGACAGUUCUUCCCUCACUAUCAAGGCCGUGUCAACGACGCCGACGCUGGCUUGAAGUAUUUCGAAAACAUUUUCUUAAGUUUGAACAAGUCACAGCGUCCCAUUUACGUACACCGAACGUGUGCCACGGAUCCACACAGCAUGCGAUUUGUUCUCACAGCGGUAGCGGACUUGAUUAUCCAGCAAAAUCUUAAGAAAAGUGGGAUCCUAUGA